AUUUGAAAAUCAAAAUGGCGCCUCUUAGACUGGAUCUGGAACGUUACGUUACACAGUUUCACAUUCAAAUUCGCCUUUUCCCCAAUCAUCUAACCUAAUCUGGCUCCGCGCCUCUCUUACACUCUCUUAUCAUCAUCAACAACACUCUCAGUGAGUAACCGAAAUGGAGAAGUACGAGAAGCUUGAAAAGGUGGGAGAAGGAACGUAUGGGAAAGUGUACAAGGCACGAGAGAAAGCGAGUGGCAACGUGGUGGCGCUGAAGAAGACGCGUCUGGAAAUGGACGAAGAAGGUGUGCCUCCGACGGCUCUCCGAGAGGUUUCGCUUCUGCAACUUCUCUCCCAAUCCAUUUACAUCGUGCGUCUCCUAUCUGUAGAACACGUCGAUAAGGUCCCCAAAGCCCAGAAGGCCUCCGCCAACCCACUCACCAAGCCCAUCCUAUACCUCGUUUUCGAGUACCUUGACACUGACCUCAAGAAGUUCAUCGAUUCCCACCGUAAGGGCCCUAACCCUAGGCCACUCCCUCCCCAACUUGUUCAGAGCUUUCUCUUCCAGCUAUGCAAGGGCGUGGCGCACUGUCACAGCCACGGAGUCCUGCAUCGCGAUCUCAAGCCCCAGAACCUUCUCCUCGACCAGCAGAAGGGGAUUCUCAAGAUCGCUGAUCUGGGCCUCGGGCGUGCCUUCACGGUCCCUCUCAAGAGCUAUACGCAUGAGAUUGUUACUCUGUGGUACAGAGCGCCCGAGGUUCUCCUUGGCUCCACGCAUUACUCCACUGGAGUUGAUAUUUGGUCUGUUGGCUGCAUCUUUGCUGAAAUGGUGAAAAGGCAAGCGCUUUUUCCUGGGGAUUCUGAGUUCCAGCAGCUAAUUCACAUAUUCAAGAUGUUGGGGACUCCAACGGAGGAGCAAUGGCCAGGAGUUACUUCUCUGCGCGAUUGGCAUGUGUACCCGCGGUGGGAACCUCAGAGUUUGGCAAGGAAUGUACCUACCUUAGGACCCGAUGGAGUGGACCUGUUGUCGAAAAUGCUCAAGUACAACCCUUCUGAGAGAAUAUCUGCCAAGGCAGCACUUGAUCAUCCCUACUUUGACAGUCUCGACAAGUCUCAAUUUUAGUUUUGCCUCUAUGUCGAAAGUUUCCGUGCAAAAGUUCCCUUCAUUCAGUAUUAUAUAGCAGUCGAUGAAAAGUAUUCAUGGCAUAUGGAGCUUAUAUAUAUCCAAUUUAGUUUGUGUGUAAUAUUUCGUCAUCAUCUUGGUGAUAUAUGAACAGUUCACUCUUAAGGGCAGUUCAUGGUUGCCAAAGUCUUUGUAGGACCCUUAAAAAACUUAAUGCUCCUGAAAAGUUGUAGUUUCUGUCGAAAUUGAAAAGGAUAGUCCAUUAUUGUGGUAUUAA